GUAAACAAAUCUGAUAUGGACACUUUUGGCACCACUGUACAAAUUGACAGUUCGGCAGCGCACGUGCGAGAAUCCUGGUGGCGGGUGGCGAAACUACGGUUGACAGUGCAUUUCUUGAUCAAAACACGACAAGCUCGGGUGCAGUGUUUACGCAAUUUUGUGUUGCAUUUAGGUGUAUAAUAAUUACUAGUUACACCCUAAACUAUCUUCAAAAAUGCUGGCCAGUUGUGAGAAGUUACGACCAUUGCUGUCGGGCUUGCUGCACGGUCAGUUUGGUCAACAAAUUGCCGGCAUGAAGUUUUUUGCACCACCGAUAAAAUAUGAGAAUAUUACGAUCCCAGAGAAGCCCAAGCUUCGCUUUAUGGAAAAAGUUCCUCAGCUGCAGAGCAAUCUUCGUGCACCCAAGAUGCAGAAGAAGCUUAAAUGGAUGCGCGGUCCGGAGAUGGUGCACAAUUCACUUGUACACAAGCAGUAUGGCAUAGUUGCAACUGGGGGUGGUCGGUUAAGGUGGGGCCACUAUGAAAUGUUGCGACUUACGAUCGGUCGCAAGAUGGAUACGAGUCGCAUGUUUGCGAUUUGGCGUAUCGAUGCACCGUGGCAACCGGUGACCAAGCAAGGUCAGGGCCAGCGUAUGGGUGGCGGUAAAGGUGCCAUCGAUCACUACGUUACGCCAGUGAAGAGCGGUCGAGUGAUACUGGAACUGGCGGGAAAGCUAGAAUUUGUUGAAGCCAAGCAAAUUCUCGACAUCGUUUGCCCUAAGCUGCCAUUCAAGGCGAUGGUAGUCUCGCAAGAAAUGAUGGAAAACAUGAAGGCAGAAGAAGAGCGGUUGGUACGAGAAAACUUAAACCCAUGGAAUUUUAAGUACAUCGUUCAGAACAACCUUGGAGGCUGUCACCGAUGGUUAUCCCCCGUAGAUCACAAGUGGUUCGGGAAGUAUCUGUAAAUAGGCUGGAAACAGCGAAUAAAUCGUAAUUCGAAUAG